AUGCAAGUGCAGAGUCUCUCCAGGAACAACAGGAAGGCGCUCGGAGGGGUGGCGCGGGCAGGGCUUAAAAAUCUUCCGCCACCCGCGGGAUCGAUCCAAGCCGGAGAGCGUGUGGGGAGAGCCGCAGUCUCCACUCGGGUCGGGCUCUCCGCCGCGCGCGCACACAGCCACACAGGAAGCGAGGCUCAAGGUCUCUCGCCAGCGCUCGUCGACCACGUGGGGGCGGCGAGGGGAGGGCCGAACCGGGGCGGCCAUUGUCUGGGACGGGACGAGGCGCCGCCCCUUCCAGGCGGGCGAGGACGGAGCGGAGCGCAGAGAAGAGGGGUGGCGCCUUCGCCUUCGCCUCUGCCGCGUCCUGAGACGGCCUCCCCUAGUGGCUGCAGCGGGCGAGCGAGCGAGCGCAGGAGCCCAGGAAAGCCGCGGAAGGAGGGAUCGCGGCUGCAGCUGCUCCUCCUGCAGCUGGUGCCGCCGCCGCCGCCGCCGCCGCCGCCGCCGCCGCUCGGACUGCUUUCUCCACCCCUGGGUGGCGGCACCCAUCGGGAAAUGAGGCGGGUGCAAGGAUGCGCGGACGGAACCGGCGUGGAAAAGUCGCCGGGGGACAACCGCUUUGCAUGCCGAAAUUCGAAUCCGGCGCGGGGAGGGCGAGACCGUGUCCUGAAGUUCCGCUGUCACUCCGUGUGUUCUUCCUUGCGGAAUGGGAAUCUCUCCUGCGGGAAGAGUGAAACCGAGCUACUUUCGCUUUCCGCGCGUGCCCCUGCUUCCAGCAUGCGCGUGAGAAGGGGCCAGAAGCGACCCUUGCUAUCUCCAGCCUGGGUGUUGCUGCUGUUUCGCUUCCUCGCCUUGUCGCCCUGCAGAGCCAGCCCAGCCUCCCUUCCUCUCCCGGAAACACUCCAUGCCCUCCGCCUGCUUCAGACGGUGGUGUUCCACAAUGCCAGUGACACUGACAUCGAGGGCGCAUGCUUUCUGGGAGACGUGGCGGUAGUUUCGUUGGACACUCGCACCUGGGAGUUCAAGUUCCUCCAGCCUUGGAGUGUAAGCGGCCUCACGCCUCAAGAGUGGGACCUUCUGCUGAAGAUUAUCAAAGGCUACUUCCUAGGCUUCGUACAUACCAUCAACAAAAUGGUCGCGUUUCUCAAAGGCAGCUAUCCUUUCGUUGUGCAGUCCUUGAUCUUUUGUGAGUCCACGUCCAACGGGACGACGAGGGGCUUCUACAACGCUGCCGUAGAAGGGGAAUCCAUGGUCACCUUCAGCGCAGAUAACGGCAGCUGGGUUGCCCUGAAGGAAGAUGCGGCGGCUUCCUAUGCUCAACAGGUCCUGAACAAUGACAAGGGCACAGUUGCAACUCUACAGCUCCUUCUGCUGGGCCAGUGCAUCAGAGCUCACAACACCUUCCUUGAGACCGGAAAGGAGGCCGUGGAGAGGCAGGUGUUGCCAGUCAUUGGGGUCUUCACCCACAAGACCCCGCCAGCCCCCGACUCUCUGCUGCUGGUUUGCCGAGUCAUCGGAUUCUACCCACAACCCAUCAACGUCUCCUGGUUGCAGGAUGAGAAGGAGCUGCCCAGCUCAGACUUCAACUCCACUGAGAUACUGCCUAACCACGAUCUGACUUACCAGAUCAGGAGUACUCUGGUUAUUAAGUCAGAGGAUCAGCACAGUUACGCUUGCAGGGUGCAACACAGCAGCCUGGGGGUGAAAAUCAUCCCUUGGGAAGGCAGCGGAAACAAGGCUGCGCUAAUAGGGAUUCCCGUUGUUGCUUUGUUAAUAGCUGUAGCCACAGUUGUGGCAGGUGUACUAAUUUGCCGGCAGAAGAGACGUAGGAGCUAUGAAGGCAUCCAUCCGCUCAGCAGAAGGAACCCCACCAGUUAGAAGCUGAGCCAGGGCCGGCUCUACGGCCAGGCUGGGUGGCCUGCCCGCCGGCCGCUCCGCCACGCAGCAAGCCCGCGUGCCCACCUGUUGCACAGCAGCGCCCUCAGCGACUGCGCUGAGCCCGUCUCGCCCGUCGCGCUGGAAAACGGGGCGGCGGGGGGAUCCGUCGCACCAGGGCGCCAAAGGUGCUUAAGACGGCCCUGAGCUGAGCAAAAAAGAAAACCUCGCAGAACAGCACGGUUGCUGUCACUAUCUCCUGCAGCAUACAAAUGCUUCAGCUAUACAGGUGGCAUACUCUGGAGAAAGGCUGCUUGGGGCCUUGGAGGGAUGUUGGCAGUGAUUGGCCUCUAACUCCCAGCAACUCCAACCAGUACAGAGGGCACCAGGUUGGCGAAGCCUGGCAUACGGCAGCAUCGUGUCUCCAGCACAAUUAGUCUUCCUGUAACGGCGAAAUUAUAACUUAAGGUUAUGUGAUUGCAUCAAAGCAAUAUAUAAAUGCUUUAAAAUAAGUUGAUGAAUUUCUGCUCAAUGGGAGCUGCCAACGUUUCGUGACAGGGUCGCUUUAAGACUUUUUUCUUCGCCCAGGAAUUUGAUGGGGUUUUUUAUUCAACCAAGCAGAGGUGUCAUGCUAGUAUUGCUCUGGGUUGCAGAGUCCUGCCUCUCGCCCCAUGGUGGAAUAUAAUGUUGUAUGUAGAAGUGUGCAUGCACACGAAAGCUCAUACCAAAAUAAAAACUUAGUUGGUCUUUAAGGUGCUACUGAAGGAUUUUUUUUAUUUUUUAAAAACUUGAUUGUGAACCACUUAGACUGCCUUAUGUCAAGGAGCUAACAAGUUAAUUAGUAGUAAUACUAAUACAGUAUGUAUUUUCUAUGAACUAAUUAGCCCAUGAGAGCUUGCGCCCCCAUAGAUUUUACAAGUAAGAAUUUAUCUUAUGGCAUUUUGCUGUUUUGCUGUGGCAGAUGCAGUUUCCAGAGGGUCAUUUUGCAAUUUUUGCAAAAGCUUAUGCUUCCGACAAAUUUACACUUGACACUGUGGACAAUUUAAAUGUAUUUUUUAAAUAAUACUUUUUAUUACAAUUUCUGUUUUACAAUUUCAAAUAAACGUAUUACAAACUUUGAAAUAUCCAGCGACUUCCCUUCUUCUCUUUCCAUGGUUCAUUUUACAUAUCACACAUCCCUGCAUAUGUUACUAUUACAAUAACUAU